CACUGUUGUCGAACUUGUCCAUGCUGAAGAAAGUGCCACGAGAGCGACAUGAACAGAGAAAAUCUAUAAGUUUUCGAACAUCAUUAACAAAACAAACACAAUAUAGACAUCCAACAAUGUGUCUGACAGGUGAUGACGUGCAGAAAAACGCGGUAACAGUGCUCAUUUUUCAGUUUUAGCGUCUGACGUAGGCUAGAGGAUGGUUAGGCUAACGUUACUGCGAAGUGUCAAUAAGAGCAUUCUAGGUUUUUGUUAAUAAUUCACAAAACGCAAUAAAAUGGAGGAUGAAGAUUGUUAUGCGGAUUGGAUGUCCAAGAUGCCCUCUCAUUUUUGGGACAUCCCUUUGUGGAAUCUCGCUAUACCGGGAAGUCAUGACAGCAUGAGUUACUGUUUAGAUAAGCAAUCCUCAGUAGCGAACUCCACGCCGAGGGUGGUGCAAGUGUUGGACAAGUAUUUUCCUUGUAUAGUUCGGCCCUGUAUAAUGAAAUGGGCAACAACACAGGAGGGCGCCAUCUCUAACCAACUGGAUUUGGGCAUUCGGUUCCUGGAUCUAAGAAUAGCACAUAAAGUAAAAGACCCUGAUGAAGUUUUCUACUUUGCACAUGGAGUCUACUCUCUUCUGACAGUUAAAGAAGCGCUGACAGAAGUUGUACAUUGGUUAGAUCAACACAAUAAGGAAGUGGUCAUCAUUGCACUUUCUAGUUUUGAAGGCAUGAACCUGGAUCAGCACAGAGACCUCAUUCAGUUUCUCAUUGCCACAUUCAACAAAAAAAUCUGUCCCAAAUCUGUCACCCCCUCACUACAGGAGUGCUGGAAUCACAGUUAUCAGGUUAUUCUGUCAUAUGAUGACGACUCUUCAACUGGAUAUGUGGAACUGUGGCCUCGGUGUCUAUACUGGUGGGCGAACAAGUCAGAUCCAAACCUUGUUAUAUCCUACCUGGAGGACAAGAAAAAUAAAGGAAGACCAGGUCAGUUUUUUGCUGCCGGCCUGAACCUAACUGAGGAUGCUCGGUAUGUACUUUGUCAUCCCUGCCAAUCAUUGCAAAGCAUGACCCGACAUUCCUACAGUCUGCUUAUGAAGUGGGUGAAACAACAGCGGCCAGGCUCAGGCCAAGCAUGCCUUAACAUCAUCUGUGCAGAUUUUGUUGGGAUUUUCAGCAGUGAAUUCACCCAGCUGGUUAUCGGACUCAAUCAAAUAGAGGCUUGACCCAUAAAUACACAACAAAUGACGUAGUGAAGUGAAGAGUUCCAAAAAAGCCUCUAAAUAUGAAAUGUUCUUCUGAAAUAAGCAUUUUUUCUGCUUGUGUUGGUCCAGUAACUUAAAUUUAUGACAACCCUGCUGAAAAAUCCAGCUUAAACCAGCCUAGGCUGGUUGGCUGGUUUUAGCUGGUUGACCAGCCUGGUUUUAGAGGGGUUUUGGCCAUUUCCAGGCUGGUUUUCAGCCAUUUCCAGCCUGGUCUUAGCUGGUCAGGCUGGAAAAUGACCAGCUAAAUCCAGCUAAACCCAGCUUGACCAGCCUGGUUUAAGCUGGUUUAAGAACAGCAUAUUGUCAUUACUUUUAAAUAAAUUAUUUAAAUGACUGAAAAUUACAUAGGAGUCUAAGAAACGUGCUAAUUUUAGAAGAAAAUGUCAGAGGCAUUUAGGUUUUACUCUUCAAAUGUGUUACAUAAAAAUUUAGCAUCUGUAUUACAAUAUAAUUACACAUUUUUGUUAUUUGGAAUGUUUACGUGUCAGUGUUUGCAUAUAAAUCACCUAUAUUUUGCGACAGUCCCUAAACUAUCAUGGCGGGGAAAUUUGUGCAAUGCUGCCAUCUAUUGGUAAUCGAUAUUUAGGUUUCAUUUCUGUUUCGGAGAUAAAUAGCUCCAAAAUAAUGUUACUUAAAACCUCACUGUUACUGGAAAUGUCGAAUAACUAUGUCUUUUCUACUUUUCUUGACAAAAUUGAAAUGAGGGAUUCAUAUAAUCAAAGACUAAGUGGCUGUGUAGAUUAUAGCAUUAGCUGUUCAAUGAGUCACGCUUAAUUUUAGUAGCAUCUAAUGUCCUGUCAUGACUUCGUUUGUUGUUGACACUGUUUGGCUUUUUCGGUCUAUGUCAACACAUGUAUCUGCGGGGGUCUAAUUUUAGACGGCCCCUGUGAGUGCACUCUAUAAGGUGCUUAACAUUUAUAGUAUCUACUUAAAUGAUAAUCCCGUUCACUGAUGCCUUUCACACUCCUGUUUGUAUGUGUUUAUGUACAGCAGGGUGUACAGUAUAUGAUGCAAAUAAACAUCUAUUUUUUGUAA